UCCACAGUGUUAGUAGAAUAGUCUGAGCAUCGGAAUAAAGACAGAACGAACUUGAGAGUUUUUAGCGAACAUUAAGAUUAAGACUAUUUAACACAUGGAAUAAAUUGGAGAAUUAAAGAAGAAAUAACGGGACAACGAAGCUCUUCAACUUAUCCAUCUGUGACUUAUUUAUUUUAUUUUAUUCAGAUUUCUGGGGUUUCAAGAUGAAGCUGACAGGAGUCUUUCUCCUUUUGGUGCUUUGGAAUUGCGAGGGCAGCAGGGUGGCAGAGAGUAGAGAUGAUAACAGUGUAUACGACCUAUUCGAGCUUGUGAAAGUGAACAAAAGGCACCAAGGAGUUACCUUGGUAAAAGGCGCAGAUCCUUACAGCCCAGCCUAUAAGAUACUGAACGCAGACCUGAUCCCCCCGGUUCCCGAGAUCUCCUUCAGGGACCUCAUUGAUUCGAUACAAGCUGAGAGGGGAUUCCUUCUCCUGGUCAACUUCAAGCAGUUCAAGAAAACCAGGGGCAGUCUAUUGACUGUGGAGAAGGAUGACGGAUCAGGACCGAUAUUCGAAAUCAUUUCUAAUGGCAAGGCGCAAACUCUGGAUGUGGUAUACUCUACCGGGAACAAGCAACAGGUAGUGUCCAUAGAAGAUGCGGAUCUAGCGACUGGACACUGGAAGAAUAUCACGCUGUUCAUUCAGGAGGAUCGUGCCCAGCUGUUCGUCGGGUGUGAAGAGAUCAAUAUAUCAGAAAUGGAUGUGCCCAUCCAAAAGGUCCUGACGCAUGAGGUUGCCGACAUUGCCCGUCUGAGGAUCGGAAAAGGAGCUGUGAAAGAUAGAUUUAUGGGAGUGCUUCAGAACGUGCGCUUCGUUUUUGGAACCACUUUGGAGGCGAUUUUACGCAAUAAGGGAUGCCAAAACUCUGCAACUUUGACUGAUGUCAUGACACUGGACAACCCAGUAAAUGGGUCCAGCCCAGCAAUAAGGUCUGAUUACACUGGCCACAAAACCAAAGAUAUUCAGCAAGUCUGUGGUUUUUCCUGUGAGGAUAUCACCAGCAUGUUCAAGGAGCUCAAGGGCCUUGGUGUGAUUGUUAAGCAGCUGUCAAAUGAGCUCAACAGAGUGAAUAAGGAGAGCACUCUGCUCAUGAACCAGAUGAACAUCCACAGUGGGAUCUGUCUUCACAACGGCAUUGUGCACAAGGACAAAGAAGAGUGGACUGUGGACGACUGCACAGAGUGUACCUGCCAGAACUCUGCCACUGUGUGUCGCAAAAUCUCUUGCCCCCUGAUGCCCUGUGCCAACGCCACCGUGCCUGAUGGAGAGUGCUGCCCACGUUGUGGAAACCCGAGUGACUAUGCUGAGGAUGGCUGGUCCCCCUGGUCUGAAUGGACCCAUUGUUCUGUGUCUUGUGGACGGGGUAUCCAGCAGCGAGGUCGCUCCUGCGACCGCAUCAACAGCAACUGCGAAGGCACUUCUGUGCAGACCCGCGACUGCUACCCUCAGGAAUGUGACAAGCGCUUUAAGCAGGAUGGUGGCUGGAGCCACUGGUCUCCCUGGUCCUCCUGCUCUGUGACCUGUGGUGAGGGAGUCAUCACCCGAAUCCGCCUCUGCAACUCCCCCACUCCCCAGAUGGGAGGCAGAGACUGUCAAGGACAGGGCCGAGAGACAGAAGUCUGCCAGGAAUCACCUUGUCCAAUUAACGGAGGCUGGGGACCCUGGUCUCUGUGGGACACCUGUUCUGUCACCUGUGGAGGUGGACUCCAGUCUCGCCAGCGUCUCUGUAACAACCCCGCCCCCAAGUACAAAGGGAAGGAAUGUCAGGGUGACACCAAAACAUCCCAAUUGUGUGGCAAAGAGGACUGCCCUAUCAAUGGCUGUCUGUCCAACCCGUGCUUUGCUGGAGCUAAGUGUACCAGCUUUGAUGAUGGUUCCUGGAAGUGUGGCUCAUGCCCAGUGGGCUACACCGGAGACGGCAUCAACUGCAAGGACAUCGACGAGUGCAAGGAGGUCCCUGAUGCGUGCUUCACACUCAACGGAGUCCACCGCUGUGAGAACACUGAGCCUGGCUACAACUGCCUUGCCUGCCCCACUCGCUACUCAGGACCACAGCCCUAUGGGAGGGGAGUGGAGCAGGCCACAGCCAAGAAACAGGUGUGCACACCCCGUAACCCCUGCCAAGACGGCAGCCAUGAUUGCAACAAGAAUGCUAACUGUAUCUACCUGGGUCAGUUCAGCGACACCAUGUUCCGCUGUGAGUGCAAACCUGGUUACGCUGGCAAUGGCCACAUCUGUGGAGAUGACACCGACCUGGAUGGAUGGCCAAACAAAGACCUCCUGUGUGUGGAGAACGCCACCUACCACUGCAAGAAAGACAACUGUCCAAACCUUCCCAACUCUGGGCAGGAGGACCAUGACAAAGAUGGGCUUGGUGACGCUUGCGAUCACGAUGAUGACAACGACGGGAUCCCUGAUGAUAGGGACAACUGCCCAAUGGUCUACAACCCAGCUCAGUAUGAUGUGGACACAGAUGACGUUGGUGAUCGCUGUGAUAACUGUGUGCAUGAGAGCAACCCUGACCAAGUCGACACAGACAACAACGGAGAGGGAGAUGCCUGUGCUAUUGACAUUGACGGUGAUGGUAUUCUAAAUGAGAGGGACAACUGCCCCUAUGUCUACAAUGUGGACCAGAGAGACACUGACGGGGACGGAGUGGGAGACCACUGUGACAACUGCCCUCUUGAGCACAACCCAGACCAGAUUGACUCUGACUCAGAUCGUGUGGGAGACAAGUGCGACAACAACCAGGAUAUUGAUGAGGACGGUCAUCAGAACAACUUGGACAACUGUCCCUAUAUCCCCAACGCCAACCAGGCCGACCACGACAAAGACGGCAAGGGUGACGCCUGCGACCACGAUGACGACAACGACGGUAUCCCUGAUGACAAGGACAACUGCAGGCUGGCCUUUAACCCUGACCAGCUGGACUCUGAUGGUGAUGGUCGUGGAGAUGUUUGCAAAGAUGACUUUGACCAAGACAACAUACUUGAUAUCUACGAUGUGUGCCCUGAGAACUUUGCCAUCAGCGAGACGGACUUCCGCAGAUUCCAGAUGGUACCGCUGGACCCCAAGGGAACCUCCCAGAUCGACCCCAACUGGGUGGUCCGUCACCAGGGCAAAGAACUGGUGCAGACUGUCAACUGUGACCCUGGCAUCGCUGUUGGGUUCGAUGAGUUUAACGCAGUGGACUUCAGUGGAACGUUCUUCAUCAACACAGACAGGGAUGAUGACUACGCUGGCUUUGUGUUUGGCUACCAGUCCAGCUCCAGGUUCUAUGUGGUGAUGUGGAAGCAGAUCACACAGACCUACUGGUCCCACACCCCAACCAGAGCUCAGGGCUACUCUGGAGUGUCCAUCAAAGUAGUCAACUCCACCACAGGACCUGGGGAGCAUCUGAGGAACGCCCUUUGGCACACCGGUGACACUGCUGGACAGGUACGUACUCUGUGGCACGACCCCAAGAACAUUGGCUGGAAAGACUACACCGCCUACAGAUGGCACCUGGUCCACAGGCCCAAGUCUGGACUCAUCAGAGUUGUGAUGUAUGAAGGCAAGAGAAUCAUGGCGGAUUCUGGAAAUAUCUACGACAAGACUUAUGCUGGUGGCAGACUAGGCAUGUAUGUCUUCUCUCAGGAGAUGACAUACUUCUCAGACCUCAAAUACGAAUGCAGAGAUUCUUAAAUUAGACCAGAGAGAGGCUCUUAGAAGAAUGUAUCUACCUGCUCAAAUAUACAUGUAACGUAUGACCUGGGACCAUAUCUUUAUUACUCUUUACUUUGUGACGUGCACAUUGGUGGAAUGGAGAGCGAGUGUGCAGCAUUGAGGCAGACUGACCUCAGGACAUAACUUUGCUCAGUGAAGAAAUCGGUCUCUCUCCGUCUCUGAAGUUUCUGUUUCUCUAGCUGUACUCAGACCCAUAUCUCUGCACUUCUGAACUAGUUGGUAUCCCUCUCUGGAUGGAGGUCCAAAGGGAAGAGUAUUUUCUUUAUUUUUGAGCAUUACUUCAGAUCUGCUGUGGACUCAAAAGGACUUGAGUUGUUUCCAAAUGAAGAAAGCAGUAGAUGUUCUACAAAUAGGCCAGAGAUACCUGCUGAAGGAACUGUGGAGGCACCAUGGACAGUAUGGAUUGACUGUUACCAUCAAAGAGAGUGAAUGCUACCCAUGAAGAGCUUUGUGAUAAAGGCACCUAAGCCAAUUGUAGUCAAUGCAUUAGCAAUUUCAAAUUCUAGAUAACUUUAAAUUCCCCCUGAGUCUAGAAAUAGUUAUAUUCGGUAACUAAUUGGCUUUUAGUAGACACUUGAAGUUCAGCUCAGUAUGAAGUAUGUCCUCAGGGUUUGACCAGGCUUGCCAAGUGGUUUUCAGGAAAGAACUCUAGAUGAUAUAUGGAAGGAGCAUAGAACCAGGACUUGCACCAAAAGCCAAUAUAGACUACUAGCGAACAACAACAACACAAUUGCUAUUUCGCCAGAAUUCCAGGAAGAUAUUUUUUGUUUUCUCUCAUCUUAGUAUAGACAUAAGUGGAGGGACAAAAACCACAUGGGUCAGUCUAACCUGCCUUAAAAGGACUAUGGUUACUAAGGUUGUAUAUAACUUAUUACAUAUUUUGUUUGUUACCAUUUGAGAGUAUUGACACAUGAUCCUAGAGUUAGGAUAUCUCUUGUCUUUUUUCAUCUCUGUGUCUUAUUUUCAUAGAAACCUGUUCUAAAUAAUUGAAAUCUUGAAACCGGGAUAAAUCCCUCUAAAACGUCCUCUAAUAACAGUGUUCAGUACUAUCAGUAUUAUCCCUCAUUCCAACCUUCCAAAAUAGACUAAUUAGGUGUCAUUUAAAUCUCAUUGUUCUUUUGCACAGUAUGUCUGACUUGUGUGCUUGAGAAUGUGUGUACAUUUCUGAUGGUAAAAACAAAGGAAAACCUUUAUGUACAAAUAUUACCUCAUUCUUUUUUUAUUGAAACCAACAAAACAUGAUAGUACCUUUUUAGCAGCAGAAUUUGGUUGGCUUUUUUGUGUGUGUUUCACUGUAGUACAAUCAUUUGUAUGCUGUAAGAUAUUUUUGUAGCAGAAAAUUCCUCAACAAGAAAGCAAUUGAUAAAAACGUUUUCAUAAAUAUGGUGUGCUUUAUGUAUGUCCUGUGCAUUUGUAAUGGAUAAAUUAUUGUUAGGAUUGUCUGUUCUAUGUUAAGAGGUUAUUUCAUAUGUGUAGAUAAAUGCUAUUUAAAUAAUUUAUCAAGAAACGUGACCUGUGUUUCUGUUUGUAUAAACUUGUUUGCACACUGACACGAGGAUAUCUUUGAAUAUUGUUUUGUUUUGUAUAUUUCCUUUCUUUUUUUACUGUUAGUGAUGCUCGUCUAUAAACAUUUUUACCAUAGUUUUACUCCCCAAAUGUUGUUUCUACUUCUGUCAGUUAUUUUGUAAUCUCAACCAAACAAUAAAUACACAAGGGAGAAAAAAAAA